AAGUGCCCGUUGCUUGCCGCACUUUCACUUCCCCACACAAUCAACACGCCGCUCCAAUCUUGCCUAUCCCGCCAAAUCCUCCCAAGCCAUCAGCGAAACAUACCCACCUGACCAACGCAGUCUCACAGCCAUCUCACAAUGGCUACUCCUGAACAGCAAAAGCAACUACAGGCUUUGUCUGAUGAAUACACCACCCUUCAAAAUGAAUUGCAGACCACUGUUGCCGCAAGACAAAAGCUGGAAUCUCAACAACAAGAGAACAAGGGUGUGAAAAGCGAAUUCGCAAACCUUGACGACGAUGCCAACAUCUACAAGCUUGUUGGCCCUAUUCUGCUAAAGCAGGAUGCAACUGAAGCAAAGAGUACCGUUGAUGGCAGAUUAGAAUUCAUCGACAAGGAAAUCAAUCGUAUCGAGAAGCAGAUUUCUGACAUCCAAGCCAAGAGCGAGGAGAAGAAAAUGGCCGUCUUUCAGUUACAGACGGAUAUUCAGCAAACCGGCCAAGCUUGAGAAUGAACAAAG